GGAGUAGAGAAAGCACACAGGGCAGCGUCACUCUCUUUCCCAAAUCGGCUGCAGGCUGAGACUGCUGUAAAAUCUACAAAGUCUUGGCGUGACUUCCCUGUAUCUAUUGAGCAACCUCAAUUUUGUCGCCCAACCCAACUUCUAUCCUCUCGAUCAAUGUCUUCCCUUUUCGCACAAGACGAGUAUCUCAGCGUUGGCGGAAAUAGACAUAGCGCAGCGGCCGACUGGUCAAUAACCUCAGGCCUCCUCGCCUUUGGCGCCGAUCAAAAUGUGGGCAUAUGGUCGCCACGGAAUGACUCUGGACACGGCAUAUCCGCCUUGCUCUCCGGGCAUACGGGGAAAGUGACAGCCGUGACAUUUAUCACCCCACACCGAGACGGUCCUACCGAACUGUUGGUCUCGGGCAGUGCAAAUGGAGAGAUCGCGGUAUGGAGACAAGAGGCUGAGGACCAGCAACGGAGGUGCCUUAUGAAGACCACAGCCCAUGAGGGAGCUGUCAACACCGUCGCCUCCCUAAGCCAGAGCAGGAUACUGGCCACCGGAGGAGCCGACGCAAAGGUGAAACUCUGGAAGGUCCAGGAGACAGGAAUCGAAGCCGUGGCUACACUCGUCCUCAAACCCAGAUUCAUUCCGUUGGCUCUCGCAAUAGGCUCAUUCCCGUUCACUUCCUCUCCUGACCAUGCCUAUUUGGUUGCUGGAGGUACUCGGAACGAUAUCCAAGUGUACGCCAUUGAGAGCCUGUCAUCCAGCCCGAAGUUCCAUCACCAUGCCACUCUCACUGGACACGAAGCAUGGGUGCGAUCCCUGGCACUCACACAAGCUCGAGACGGAGAUGCUCUGCUAGCCUCAGCAAGCCAGGACAAAUAUGUUCGACUCUGGCGCUUUCAACUGGGAGGCAGCAAACUCACAAACCAACCCGCCGUACUGAACGGGGGACCUGCCGCAAGCGGAACCUUAUCAGCAAAGAUCCAGACCGUGUCCGCUGGGGAGCACAAAUAUUCUAUUACAUUCGAGGCAUUACUUCUCGGCCAUGAAGAUUGGAUCUAUUCCGCUGCAUGGAGCCCCACCGGCUCCCAACUCCUCACCGCAUCAGCCGACGGUUCCCUUUCCAUAUGGGAGGCAGAUCCGUCGUCCGGAAUAUGGAUCAGCACGUCUCGUCUGGGAGAGAUCAGGGAGACAAAGGGGGCAACUACCGCGACCGGUUCUGCGGGGGGCUUCUGGACAGGUCUAUGGGGUCCUGACGGCAAGACGGUCACUUGUGUCGGGCGCACGGGCAGCUGGCGGCUCUGGCAGUACGACGAGGCCUCACAGUUCUGGGCACAAAGGUUCGGGGUCAGCGGGCACACCAACUCCGUCAACGGCAUCUGCUGGGCUCCGGAUGGAAGCUAUCUGCUUUCCACCAGCUCUGAUCAGACAACCAGGCUCCACGCGGAAUGGAAGAGGGGUGAGAAACGGAGCUGGCACGAAUUCUCGCGGCCUCAGAUCCAUGGCUACGACCUCAACUGCAUCGCGAGCACGACGCCGUAUCAGUUCUCUUCAGGUGCGGAUGAGAAGCUGUUGCGUGUGUUCAACGAACCAAGGGAUAUCGCCAACAUGCUCCAUCGACUAUGCCAGAUCCCGUUGCCCCCGGAGCUGGCUCAGAUGCCCGACACCGCCGCGAUCCCUGUGCUAGGCCUGUCGAACAAGGCCAUGGACGACCGCGAGGAGAACGACGAUGACGCUGAGGAUGAGACUCUCGACCCCGCUGGUACUUCAAACGGACUCGGGACAUCCCUGCUUGACAUUCAAGACCCACCGACGGAAGACCUGCUGGCGCGACACACAUUGUGGCCCGAGCACGAGAAACUAUAUGGCCAUGGCUCGGAAAUCUCCGAGGCAGCGACUCCCCCAGACGGCAGCGUUCUCGCCACAGCGUGCCGAGCGAGCUCCCUCGAUCAGGCGGUGAUCCGCCUCUACGACACGCAGGACUGGAAUGAGAUCAGACCGCCCCUAUCGGCGCAUGCUCUGACCGUGACGCGACUUGCGUUCUCUCCACAGAGUGCAGAAUACCUGCUAAGCGUAGGACGAGACCGGCAAUGGGCCGUGUUCAAGCGCUCGAGCGAGACCGCAAAGAGCUGGACCCGUGUCGCCAUAAAUGUCAAGGCGCAUUCGAGGAUGAUCCUUGACGCUACAUGGCUCGCGGGUCACACUACAAAUCCAAGCUUCGUCACAGCCGGCAGGGACAAACUCGUCAAGCUGUGGUCAAGAGGUGCGGGCAACGAGGGUGAGACCAACUUCACAAUGCGUUCGUCGAUUGCUCGAAAAGGCCCCGUCACAGCCGUCUCUGCCACCUCCAUCACCGCCUCCGACGGACCGCGCGGUGUUCUCGCUGUGGGCGAGGACGAUGGCACCAUCUCGCUACACACUGUCGACGCGAACGACGAGCUGAAGGUGUUGCACACGGUCGAAGUCCCCAGACACUUCUGCCCCUCGAAGACCAUUAAUCGGCUCGCCUGGCGCCCCACCUUGAACGACGAUGGAUGCGAUCAUACUGGUCAAGGCUCCCAACUGUUAGCAGUGGCGUCGGCGGACGGGUCGGUCCGCAUUCUGAGGAUAGACGUCGGGAGAAUUGGCCAGUGAAACAGCCACGCGAUCGUUCAAUGACUUCUGUGUCUCUUGUUUGCGACCAUCCACAUGAGAGCAGAUUCACAUAAUGCCUCCUGGUAGACCACGUGGGGAGGAACAUACUGCGGGAGGGCUCCUUCCUACUAGGACGACGGUGGUUGCCACGUCUGUGAUCAAGGCUUCAGAUCCUCCGUGCGCCUUUCGCAUCCCCCUUUGGCUACAGGUAUUCAGGAAACAUUAUACACGCGGGAAGUCUCCCACUGUUGGACAACUGGAUGGCGAUCCAGAGACACAGAGGAGAGCACUUUCAAUGGUCAAGUUCUUGACAAAAACACUAUGAGAUGCGUCAUUUUUCCCCCUUUUUUUCCCCCAACAUUCUCGGGCUAUGAUACACCCUCUGGAACUCAACAAACUGCUAUAUCCUGACAACCGAUCUCGCAUAGACUUCGAGGUCUUCGCCAAUCCAACAUGCCAAUUGACAGAAUCCUGCUCAAUGACACCGAGCCCUAUGCCGCCUGCUUGCAUUUGCACAUUCACAGAUCACAUAUCCACAUCGAACACGUAUCCGGAUGUCAAUUGGACCCUUCUGCCUCUAUCUUGCAGUCUAGAUGGUGGCUUAGAGGGCCGUGUCAGGGAAGUAAAGGUCGAAGGAGAUCGGAGUGUCCAAUUUCGCGCCAACAGAAAAUGUUUUCAUGGUUGUAUUGUUAUUGUUAUUGAUGUGAUGCGUCUGUCACAGCGCGGGCGCCGUCUGACUGGACGUGCCACGCUGGCCAUCAGCCAUCAAUGGAGGAAGAAACGAGAGGCUGAACCAACACACUGGCGGUCCCCACAUGCCCACCAAUGAGAUGGAGGAGCCGUCAGCAGCUGGGCCGUGGGCUCGAACGAAGAGGAUAACAAGGAAUGUCACCACCCAAAGGGCAUUCUGGCCGAGGUUCGAAGUGAUGCCGUACCACUGGUUCUGGGCCUGAUGGAACAUCAGGAGACUUAUGAGGCUCAUCGUUGUCACCAUCAUUUGCCAAAUAUUGCCGCCAUGAGGUGCCGGAGCCAUGAAACUGAUGGAGCAGAUCAUGGAAGCCAAAAGCGACAGGGCCUGAUGAGCUUUUGCUCGUCGGUGGAUAUGUUGGGUGCCACGAUAAUAGAAUCUCUCAACGAGAAACCAUUCGAGAGCCGAAAGCAGCAGCCCAAUGACAAAGCCCAAUACGUGCCAGAGAUCCAAGCCACCAGAUGAGUGGGUUGUGUCUCCAACUUCUCUGCCCGUGGGGAAGGCUUCUCCGGCGGGGAAGAGAAGGAAGCUGAGGAUGAGGGCAAACAACAUCGUGACGGCAGAGAAGAACAUGGUACGGAAAGUGGCUACGAGAGCGGUCCUCGUAGAGGCAAACGUGGAGGAAGAGGUACUGGAAGCAGUGGCUCAGAGGGCCACGCAAGGCACGAGAUCCGUUACACUGGGGCUCGACCUUGGAGGGCCUCGAGAUUGACUGUUGCCCCGACCGAAGUGAGUCUUGUCUGGUCAAAAGGAAUUGAUUCAAUGACCGGUCUUGUAUGAGGAUCGACGGUUCAACAUCCAGUUCUAUAUGAGGGUUGAACUGUGAAGGAAGUCCUGCCAACGGGAGCCAGAGCUGCUUUUGCUUGUUCAUCAUGUUGGCUUGUAAGAUGGGGCUGUCGCUAAGAAAUCUCUACAAAUGAUUAAUGGAUAGGUGCAUCGUGCGGCGCCUUGUGGUUGCACAACGGAAUCCUCCUCCGUGAUCCCCUUCCGAGACGCGAACAGGCCACGCAAGCACGUGACCGGUCAGGGACGCGCCGAGAGCGUGACGAGGCUGCCACGGUACUGUGACUGAAUGACCACUAUGGGUCAGACAUUACAGAUAGGAAAAAGGUAUCUCAAAUGACUCUAGAAUUGAGUCAUUUGAGCCAUAGUAAUACUUCUGUCACAGUACCGACCAAGACCGUUUGCCCCUCUCUCUUUCGGACCCAGUAUCACCCCAUAUUUGGUGUUUCAAGUCGGCGAACAAAAUCGCUGGCAGUACAGCUGGGGCCUGCGCGGAGCAAGAAAUCGUGAAAUGGCCCGGCAGUUUGGAUCUCAUGUCUCACAUACACGGACGAGGCGACUUGACGGAUCCAGGCCUGUCAAGUCACCCAGCUGCUGCGGUCAAAGUGGGGUACAAGCAGGCCAGCAGCGACUGUCUAUGCGAAUAGCACGUGCUGAGGAUGGCCAGAGAGGCACAAGCACGCCGAUCGACUUUCAAACGAGGGGGAUCUUCGGACGUUGUAAGGGACGGGCCUUCUUGGGGGAUAUACAAGAGAGCGAGGAGGAAAAAGAGCGAGCCUGGGUAAGGACCACGACGACGCCAGGACCGCCAUCUCUCAUUCAUUGCUUCUCGUACGUCUAUCGACAGCCUUGGGUCCAAAAGGAAAGGACCGAUGCGAAAAUCUCAAGAACCAGCUCACACGCGCUCGUCAGACAUGGUGUUAAGACCAAACGGGCUCCCUCGUCCCGUUAACCCCCCCCCAAAAUCCUUCUCCUCCCCCAAGCGCCCGGCAAAUGCGACGAUAGAUGCGCGCUCGAUGAUCUUGUUGAAGAUCAGAC